GGAAGCGGCGGGAAGAGGAAUCGUCGCAGGAGUCUUGUCCUUUUUGUCGAUCUUUGCCCACACUUUUGCUGCUGGCCCCCCCUAUGCCUGCGCGUGUGGUGGGCGCAUUUCCCGUCCUGUUCUACUUUGCUUGCUUGCUUGCUUGCUUGCUUGCUUGUUUGCUGCUGCAGUUGCUGCUACUACUUCCCCCGGUCUGAAUCAGGCGUUCAGCUCGAAAGCGAACGCCCAAGUGCUUGCUUCAAAUCUUUUCCUGCGCGUGGAUUGUACGCCGAGACGCUCGCACCCCCAGUCUUUCUUUGCCUCCACAGACUCUCACCUCAUCUCGCCCGGCCCCGUUUUUUCUUCUCCCAACCGACUUUGUCUCUUGACGAAGGCUCGCCCUCCGAUCUACUCGUGCGUAUCCACCUGCGCCCAGGCCGAAGCGGCGGAUAUAAAGAGCCUGAAGCUAAAGGGGGGGGUGUCACGCGUACUAGCCUUGUACUUUUCUCCGCAAACACCAGGGGUGGGGACUGUUAAGUCAAGGCGUGUGCCAAUUUUGAGCCUCGACUUUCGCUACACGUACGGCUGAGCCUUGUUCGGCUCCCCGUUUAUCAACCUCUAAUCUUCGUGGAUUCCCAACAGUUUUCUUCUCCACUUCCCUUCCUCCCCAACGGCGGCAGGCGUGCCCGCGCAAUUCUUUGUGCUUCAACAGCAGCACGCACACGCCAUGGAUUCCGCACAGUCGAGCCCGCCACUGCUGCGGCCGCUGCCGCGACGACCGUUCCAGCUGACGUCGGACUCGUCUAAUGAAUCGUCGCACGCGACGACGACGCCGCACACGGGCGACGCGCCCGAGCUGGAUGACAAGGGGGAGAUGGAACGGACGCAGUCAAUUCUGAACCUAACGUCGUCGACGCUGUUGGGCAUCUACGCGCCGACGGGCUUCGACUCGGUAUCGCAGCCGCAGACGCCUUGGGGCACCGGCGCGGAGACGCCCGCGUACAGGGGCAGCCUAGACGGGUACCCGUCGCAACGCGGAGGAUUCAGGGAGGGCGAGCUGGACGAGCGUUUGCUGCGAGACAGCCUGCGGCGCAGCGGGCUGGACGCGCGGCGGGAGUCGACAACGACAACGACAACGAGGAGGGGCAGCGUCGGCGCGCCGAGCAGAGGGCACCCGCCGCGGUCGGCGGCCGGUGCCGCACUCCACGCCGCGCUGAGGAUCGCAAUCCUGUUCGCGUGUGGCCUGGCGUACGGCGCGCUGGUCGCGCACCUGCACGACCACAGGCAGGUUGUGCCCGUUCAGAUGGAAGGGCCGGACCGCGAAGGCGCGAGGUAUCUGGUCUUCUGGGGCGUCGCCAGUGUGGCGCUGGGCUUUGUGCUGCCGUGGGUGGACGGCUUUGCUGAAGAGAAGCUCUCCGGAGGAACGACCAAAGGCCUUGCUCGGGCGCCGCCUCCUGCGCCGGCGUCCGGUUUGAACGCGGUGGAGUGGAAUGACGUGGUCAGAAGUGUCGGUGCCUUUAUUGGCGUCGCGUACGCAAUCAGGAAGACGCCGUGGUCGUCACCGCUCCAGCUCUCCGUCACUCUCGCGAUGGUGAACCCUUUUCUCUGGUACAUCCUCGACCGCACCUACGCCGGCUUCUUCCUCUCCACCGCGAUCGGCUUCCUGGGCAUCCUCGGCGUGUUGCUGCUUAAUCCGUCCUGGGUCCCAGCGCCCAGCCAUGCCCUGCUCGCGCAUGCCAACGUGUCGUCCUUCACCAGCAUACAGCACGGCGUGCCAGUCGCCCUCGAGAACUUCCUGACGCACGAGCGCGUCGGAUCCGCCAUAUGGAUCGGCAGCGUGUUUUUCUGCAGCUGCGUCUGCUUUGGGAACAUCGGUCGCCUGCUUGCUACCGCUCAGCAGCAGCGACGGUGAAUGUUUGGACCUGAAAUAAAUGGGUGGGAACAACCACCCAAAUUGGCGUUCGACAUCCUUUUGCUUCUUCGUCUUGCUUUCCUUUCGGCCUCAUCCGUCUCCCCGCUCCAAUCGCUUAACGUCAUCGGUUUCAGUCUGAGCCUUAUCUGAAAGCUCGCUGUGUCCCUGUGAUCCGAUCCUCUUUUCUUUUUCCCCUUUUCUCCCUUCUCUCUCUAUUCCUUUGAAAAAAAAAAACCCCCUCCCAUGCACAUGAGCUGGUGCCUCUCGUAACGGUGUAUGGGUCGUCAAGGAUUCCAGGGACAGAACAGUUCCUGGCUUGCCACUUCCAACGCAAAGAAGCAUUCGAACACGUCGAGGUGAAGGAGAAAUGGGGAAGGUGGUAGGGAGUGAGGGAGGGGAAAAAAAAAACCCCUCUUCCCCAAGAAGGAAGGAAGGAAAGAAAGAAAGAAAGAAAGAAAGAAA